AUGCAGCAGUCUCAAGAGAAUAGUAUGGUCAACAGUAUCAAUAGCCGAGGAAAAGUCAAGAACAAGAAGAAGAAAAUUUUUUUAAGUAAAUUAGAAGGAAGUAGAUCUAGAGAACAGGUUGUAGACGACAUAGAAUUAAUAAUUUUAGUUAGUUCUAAAAGAUUUAUUGGAGUAAAAUCAGAAAAAGAUUCAGUAGUCUUAAGUGGUCAAGGGGUGCUAAGCAUCCCUGAGAAGUAUGCAAAAGCGGAGGAAUGUUGCAGAAAAAUUCAGAAUGGCCCCUCCAUGGUUCUUAGACUUGGAACGCUCAGUAUUGGAUCAAUGACUGGCCGCAGCAUGGAAAACGCAGAAAUGCUCGAGUGA